AUGGCCGAGAGAAAGAGGAACUGGAAUAAAGAAGAUGACCUGCCCGUGUACCUAGCUAGGCCGGGUACGACAGCCCAGACACCGCGGCAGAAAUACGGGGGGAUGUUCGCCUCGGUGGAAGGGGCCUACGAGAACAAAACCAUCGAUUUCGACGCUUACAGCGUAGGGAAAAAGGGGUCCCGGACCCCUCGGAGCGGCAGCCGGCACGACAUGCUGGACGGAGGGGACAAUUACAGCGAGACGGCCAGCGACAUCAGCGAGGUCUCCGGUUCCGUCAUCAGCUCCCCGGGAGAUCGGGAGGACAAGACCCCGGGCGUGGAGAUCCGAUACCCGAUGGGGAAAGAGCUGCUGCAGGGCCAGGACAAUGGGCAGAGUGACCGACUGCUCAUUAAAGGUGGAAGAGUUAUCAAUGAUGACCACUCCUUCUAUGCAGACAUUUACCUGGAAGAUGGACUUAUCAAACAAAUAGGAGAGAACCUGAUUGUUCCUGGAGGAGUCAAGACCAUAGAGGCCAAUGGGCGCAUGGUUAUUCGGGGAAUAGAUGUCAACACUUACCUCCAAAAACCCUGCCAAGGGAUGACAGCUGUGGAUGACUUCUAUCAGGGCACCAAGGCAGCUCUAGCAGGGGGCACCACCAUGAUCAUUGACCACGUUUUUCCAGAGCCUGGAUCCAGUUUAUUGACAGCCUUUGAGAAGUGGCACGAGGCAGCUGACACCAAAUCCUGCUGUGAUUACUCUCUCCAUGUGGACAUCACCAGCUGGUAUGAUGGGAUUCGAGAAGAGCUGGAAGUCCUGGUGCAAGACAAAGGUGUGAACUCUUUCCAAGUCUACAUGGCCUACAAAGACCUCUACCAAAUGUCUGACUCCCAGCUUUAUGAAGCCUUUACCUUCCUAAAAAGUCUUGGGGCUGUUAUCCUGGUCCAUGCUGAAAAUGGAGACUUGAUAGCUCAGGAACAAAAACGUAUCCUGGAAAUGGGAAUCACUGGACCUGAGGGACAUGCCCUGAGCAGGCCUGAGGAGCUUGAAGCAGAAGCAGUUUUCCGUGCCAUCACCAUUGCCAGCCGAAUAAACUGCCCCGUGUACAUCACCAAGGUGAUGAGCAAGAGUGCAGCUGAUAUCAUUGCACUGGCCAGAAAGAGAGGUCCCCUGGUCUUUGGAGAACCAAUCACUGCCAGCUUGGGGACAGAUGGGACACAUUACUGGAGCAAAAACUGGGCCAAGGCUGCAGCUUUUGUGACCUCGCCACCUCUCAGCCCUGAUCCUACCACUCCAGAUCACUUGAAUUCACUCUUAGCAUGUGGGGACCUGCAGGUGACGGGGAGUGGACAUUGCCCCUACAGCACUGCCCAGAAAGCCCUUGGGAAGGACAACUUCACCCUGAUCCCUGAAGGGGUCAAUGGGAUUGAGGAAAGAAUGACUGUUGUCUGGGACAAGGCUGUAGCCACAGGGAAGAUGGAUGAGAGCCAGUUUGUAGCUGUCACCAGUACCAAUGCUGCCAAAAUCUUUAACCUGUACCCAAGGAAGGGCCGGAUUGCUGUGGGAUCAGAUGCUGAUGUGGUGAUUUGGGACCCUGAUAAGGUGAAGACCAUAACAGCCAAAAGCCAUAAAUCGGCUGUGGAGUACAACAUCUUCGAAGGGAUGGAGUGCCACGGAGCCCCUCUGGUGGUCAUCAGCCAAGGGAAGAUUGUCUUUGAGGAUGGGAACCUGCACGUCAACAAGGGCAUGGGGCGCUUCAUCCCCCGCAAGCCCUUCCCCGAGUACCUGUACCAGCGCGUCAAGAUCAGGAAUAAGGUGGGAGGACUGCAAGGGGUCUCCAGAGGAAUGUAUGAUGGGCCUGUCUAUGAAAUCCCAGCCACGCCAAAAUAUGCAACUCCUGCACCCUCAACUAAAUCCUCCCCUGCCAAAAACCAGCCCCCACCAAUCAGAAACCUCCACCAGUCCAAUUUUAGCUUAUCAGGAGCUCAGGUAGAUGACAAUAACCCACGCCGUACCGGGCACCGCAUCGUGGCCCCUCCUGGUGGCCGCUCCAAUAUUACCAGCCUGGGCUGAAAAAAAGGAUGAUGGACAGAAAAAGAAAAGGAAGAAGGAUCCUGGGAAUCACUUCCCUUCUCUUAUCUGUGUUAUGGAACCCACAGUUUUUAUUUGGUACUAA